UUUAUUUAUAUAAACAAAAUUAAUUAGCUGGCAUUCACCUUUGAAUUUCCAAAUCUUAAUCAAAGAAAAAAAAUAAUUAAAACUCAGGACAAAAAAAAUAACAAGAAAAACUAAAGAUGGCAAUAUAGACACCCCCACAAGAGAAGGAGCCAAACAAGGCAAAAAGCAAUAAAUACUUACCAACUUUGCAGGAAUCUGAUGAGGUAGAAAUAAAUUCAAAGAAUCAAUUUUCCUCUUGAAUCCUGACGCGUGUGUCUGAGAAGAAUGCAUUUACACUAUAAUUCAUGCAAGAUUCACUCUAAAUUUCUACAGCAAUAAAUUUUCUCACGUAUUGGCCAGCAAAGCCGUGUUCUUUGUUAUCUAAAUAUAGUAGCUUAGCCAUACAAAGAAAGAUUACGAAAUUUGUUUGUCAACUUGCUGGUCUGGUCUGCAUAUACUUGAAGAUUGAAGAGUAUAUAGGUAACGUUCAGGUUGUAGAAGCUUUGUCUGAUUGGAGUGAUCGGAAAAACGAUAGAAAAAAAGAUGACAGGCUCCGUCGACGAUGCACUGCCUCCGUCCAGACUUCCUGAAAAGAAUGAUUCCAGUGUUGAUGAUAUAGGAGAUGACGUGAAUGACAAUCCUAUAGAGCAAGUAAGGCUGACGGUUCCCAUCACUGAUGAUCCUUCACAACCUGUGUUAACUUUUCGAACAUGGCUUCUUGGGAUAUCAUCAUGUGUGCUUCUUGCUUUUGUGAACCAAUUCUUUGGUUACCGUACAAAUCAACUGAGUGUUGGUUCAGUUUCAGCGCAAAUUGUCACUCUCCCACUUGGAAAUUUAAUGGCCAGAGUAUUUCCCAAGAAGCAAAUCAAAAUUCCAUUGACGAAAUGGUCAUUUUCAUUGAAUCCAGGGCCUUUCAAUUUGAAAGAACAUGUUUUGAUAACCAUUUUUGCAAGCACUGGAUCUGGAGGUGUUUAUGCUGUAAACAUCAUUACUGCUGUCAAGGCCUUCUAUAGGAGGCCUCUACAUCCUGUUGCAGCUAUGUUACUUGUACAAACGACUCAGUUGCUUGGGUAUGGAUGGGCUGGGAUUUUCAGGAAAUUUCUUGUGGAUUCACCGUACAUGUGGUGGCCCUCAAACCUCGUCCAAGUCUCUCUGUUCAGGGCAUUGCAUGAAAAAGACAAGAGAGAAAAGAGAGGACUCACUAGACUGCAAUUCUUUCUCACUGUUUUUGUAUCAAGCUUUGCUUACUAUGUCCUUCCAGGCUACCUUUUCCCUUCCUUGAGUGCUAUCUCUUUCGUCUGUUGGAUAUGGAAAAGCUCGGUCACUGCUCAACAGAUCGGUUCAGGGCAAAAUGGUCUUGGUAUUGGCUCUUUUGGCCUGGAUUGGUCCACUGUUGCUGGGUUCUUGGGGUCACCUCUUGCUGUGCCUUUCUUUGCAAUUGCAAACACUCUGGGCGGCUAUUUCUUGGUUAUGUAUAUUAUAGUGCCAAUUGCUUAUUGGACUAAUGCUUAUGAUGCUAAGAAGUUCCCCAUCUAUUCUUCCCACACUUUUGACAGCAAUGGUCAGACUUACAACAUAAGCCGAAUUCUCGACCAGAAAAAUUUCGACAUUAAUUUAGAUGCCUAUAACGAUUACAGCAGGCUACAUCUCAGUGUUCUGUUUGCCUUUGUGUAUGGACUUAGUUUUGCAGCUCUGAUGGCUACUAUUUCACAUGUUGCGCUCUUCGAAGGAAAGAAUAUUUGGGCACUGUGGAAGAAGACUUCAAGUUCAAUGAAAGAUAAAUAUACUGAUGUUCAUACCAGACUAAUGAAAACGAACUAUGAAUCAGUUCCCCAGUGGUGGUUUGUUGCAAUCUUGAUUGCAUCUGUGGCUUUAUCCUUUCUUGCAGUAGAGGGUUUUAACAAACAGUUACAACUUCCAUGGUGGGGACUUCUCCUUGCUUGUUGCAUUGCCCUCGUUUUCACUCUGCCCAUUGGCGUCGUUCAGGCCACAACAAACAUGCAAAUGGGAUUAAACGUUAUAACAGAGUUCAUUAUCGGAUACAUCUACCCAGGGAAGCCUCUUGCUAAUGUGGCAUUCAAGACAUAUGGCUAUAUUAGCAUGGCUCAAGCCCUUUAUUUUCUGCAAGACUUCAAACUAGGCCACUACAUGAAAAUCCCACCCAAAUCCAUGUUUCUUGUUCAGUUUGUUGGAACAAUAGUUGCUUCGACUGUUUACUUUGCAACAGCAUGGUAUCUCCUGUCAACUGUCGAAAACAUAUGUAUCCCAGAACUCUUACCAGAUGGAAGCCCAUGGACAUGUCCUGGUGACGAUGUUUUUUACAAUGCUUCAAUCAUAUGGGGAGUCAUAGGCCCUCUGAGAAUGUUUGGGAGGUUAGGUCUCUAUGAAAGCAUGAGCUGGUUCUUCUUAGUUGGUCUAGUUGCCCCUGUUCCAAUAUGGUUUCUGUCACGAAAAUUUCCAGAGAAAAAAUGGAUCAAGCUGAUCCACAUGCCAAUUUUCUUGUCAGCCACAGCAAGUAUGCCACCAGCAAGAGCUGUGCACUAUUUGAGCUGGGGAAUUGCUGGAAUCAUUUUCAACUUCUAUGUUUAUAGAUGGUACAAAGCUUGGUGGGCUAGGCAUAAUUACAUCCUAUCUGCUGGUCUAGAUGCUGGUGUAGCUUUCAUGGGGAUAUUCCUCUUCUUCACUCUUCAAUCCAAGGAUAUUUAUGGUCCUUCUUGGUGGGGUCAGGAUGCCACUGAUCAUUGUCCAUUGGCACAUUGCCCCACUGCUCCUGGGAUUGUUGCGGAUGGUUGCCCUGCUUUUAAGUGAUGUGCUUGAUAUUUCCUUUCAUGCAAUUAGAAACAUUUGGAAUACAAAAAAACUGUGAAAUUGGCUUCAUUUGUAUUCUCCCAUGGUUAUGUGUUGGGAAAUAUUUAUGAUUAAAACAAAAUUCUUAUAUAAUUGCAAAACUUCCUAUC